CUAGUCCUCUUCUCUGACUUGUCCAAACUGCAUGUUUCAAAGUUUGAAGAAAUCCACAAAAUUAUAGAAAUAACAAUGAACAAGUCAAAAUCAAACACACGCUUUCAUUUCUAUUUAUUUCUCUCCAGCACUUCAAAAAUCUUGUGCAACAUUAAACAUCUCGAAUACAAUCCAAUCAAACUCAAAGCAAAAACUCUUCUCUGUUUCUUAGCAGAAUCUGUCAAUCUAGUUGUUUUGAACGUUUUCCAAUAUGGAACAACAAUCACUAAUAUACAGCUUUGUAGCGCGUGACACGGUGAUCCUGGCGGAGCAUACAGACUUCAUAGGAAACUUCCCAGCUAUAGCAUUGCAGUGCCUGCAGAGACUCCCAGCAACCAACACAAAAUUCACUUAUAACAGCGAUGGUCAUACCUUCAACUACCUCACCCAUGAUGGAUUCACUUACUGUGUCGUGGCGGUGGAUUCUUUUGAUCGCCAUAUAGCAAUGGCCUUUCUUGAUCGCAUCAAGGAGGACUUUACCAAAAGAUAUGGUGGAGGAAAAGCUGUAACAGCAACAGAUAAAAGCUUAAACAAAGAAUUUGGACCUAAAUUGAAGGAGCAUAUGCAAUAUUGUGUGGAGAAUCCAGAAGAGGUUAGCAAACUUGUCAAAGUGAAAGCUCAGGUUUCUGAAGUCCAAGACGUUAUGAUGCAAAAUAUUGAUCAGGUUCUUAAUCGUCAAGUGAAGAUUGAUGUUUUGAUGGGCAAAACUGAAAACCUUCGCGAUCAGGCACAAGAUUUCAGGGGGGAGACAGGCCAAUUAAAGAGAAAGAUGUGGUUUCAGAACAUGAAGAUAAAACUAAUAGUUCUUGCUAUCAUAAUUGUCAUCAUUCUUAUAAUUGUUCUUAUUGUUACAUAAUUCAAAUGGUACAUGUUACUUCGGUUGUUAUUAUUUUGUAAUGUAAAAUGUUAGUUAGGAUGUAUAUGGGAUAUUGUAUCAACAAUAUGUUGUGUAUAUAAGUCUUAUUGAAAAGAAGCAUAUGUGUGCAUUGAAUGAGAUUUCUUUUCUUUCUAAUCUCUCAUCCCUUUUCUCUUACUUCUGUGUUUCUGUAGUAUUUGCUGCAACGUUGUAUAUGAUUAUGAACUUUUGAACAACUGUUUUGUCAACAAUCCGUUUGUUGACAAUCCUCACAUGAUAUCAUUUUCUAUUUUGAGACCUUGCUCCAAACAUAAGUUUGUGAUUUAGGCAUGAAAACAUCAGGUUUUCUAUGAGGAGAUGAGCAUGCUUCUCAACCUCAUCUUAAAUAAUUGCUCCAAAAUUUACUUUUAUCUCCCUACACGAUACAUUGCAAAUUUGCAACACCACCAGCUUUGCCUUGCUCACAAGUCGGAGGCAAGGAGCAUGAUGCAUAUCUUGAUGAUCUGAUACCAUAUUUUCUCAGAGUUUUAAAGGAGUUUUGUAGUAGGUAUACUACGGAAUCUGUUUGGGACUGUGUUUUUGACUAAGAUGCCCACUUUCUAACCU